UGGUGUAUUUCACAUUGCAGGUGUGUCCCACUGUGUGACUGUUGGUGGAAAGACUGUGGAGGAGUGGAGGGUAGAGAUGAAGAGAAGACGCACACAAGUAACUGGAAGAAGAAGACGAGGUGAGCUACAGGUCGCAUGUGCUGUGAUUGCCUCCGAGGUACCAUCAUGUCAGACACUGAGGAAAUUGUGGAGGAAUAUGAGCAGGAGGAGGAAGAGGAAGAGGAGGUCGAAGAAGUUGAAGAAGAAGAAGAAGAGGAGGAAGAAGAAGAAGAGGAGCAGAGGGACAUUGAAGCAGAGAAGAAAGAAGAGCAUGCUGAUGAGAAUGAGCAUGAAGAAGAGUCCAAACGGCGACGACUUAUGUUCCAAAAUAUCACUCCUCCGAAGCUCCCUGAUGGUGAGAAGGUCGACUUUGAUGACCUCCACCGCAAGAGAGUAGAAAAGGAUUUCAACGACCUCCAGACGCUGAUCGAGCUGCACUUCUCCAACCGUCAGAAGGAGGAGGAAGAGCUGGUCUCGCUGCGCAACCGCAUCGAACGCCGCCGCUCUGACAGAGCCGAACAGCAACGUGUCCGCACAGAGCAGGACCGUGAGCGCCAAGCGCGGCUGGCCGAGGAGAGGGCGAGGCGCGAGGAGGAGGCGGCCAAGCUGCGCGCCGAGGAGGAAGCCAAGAAGAAGAAGAUAUUCACCAACAAGUCGUUCGGCGGCUACCUGCAGAAGGUGGACCAGAAGAAGGGCAAGAAGCUGACGGCACGAGAGGAGAAGAAGAAGGCCUUGAUGGAGCGCAGGAAGCCGCUCAACAUCGACCACCUGAGCCAGGAGAAGCUGGCAGAGAAGGCGCAGGACCUGUGGCAGUGGCUCCACCAGCUGCACGCCGAGAAGUUUGAGCUGGCCGAAAAGCUCAAGAGGCAGAAGUACGACAUCUACGUGCUGCGAAACCGAGUCAGCGACCACCAGAGGGGCUCCAAGGCAUCUAAGACGUCCCGCGGCGCCAAGGGCAAGUCUGGCUCCUGGAAGUGAGGAGCAGAGUCCACGGCAACCGGACUGCAGAUUUGUUUCUGGACUAUUUGGCUCCUAUUUACAACUUGUGUCAUAAAAGCUAUCCCAGGGAUUUGGUGUAGAUGGAGGGGAACCUCCCUUUUCAGGGGCCCGGAGGACUCAAGUGAAUGAAAUGAAGCUACAACAUCUUGAAUGACAUCUGUGAUUCUUCUAUUGAGACAAAAUAAUUUACUUUAUUCACCGUUUCAGUUUAUUACAUCUGAAUGUGUGGUGGUUUCCUGCUCCACCAGAGUAUCCUCUGUGUUUUAUUUUGCUCUUGCAUACUAACAAUAUGUUCACCAGUGUAACUGUUCAUGAUUAGUUUUAUGUGCCCACGUUUCUUUCCUCAAGAUAUUCUGAAAUAUGUGAUGAUGGGUUCAAAAGUCUUCAAAUAAGAUGUCAAAAUUGCAUUUGUUUCCAAUAAAUCAAGACUCAUUUUACUUUCAA